CAGUGCGUUGCAAGCAACAGUGCUGGUGAGAGGACAUCGUCAGCGGCUUUCUUGUACAUAAAAGAAUUAGUUAAGACUCCCUUACAUUGUUGGAAAUCUUAGCUUUAUUCAGUUGACUCUGGCCAAUAAACAUUUAUAAACACAUGCUCUCAGCAAACCGUUAAGCUGUACUUCAUUGUACAUGACCCAGGAAUGAGGAAUAUGAGCAUAAAGUAACAUCAUCGCCUGUGAUGCUGGUAGAAUUUCGGGGCGAUCGGAGCAUUUGGAGCAAAUUUACUGCAUGAAUAUAUUUCUAUAUUCACCGUGAUCAUUGUGUGAACUUGGCACCCUGUGGUUGGACGUCAAAGUAGUUUAAGAGAAACAUAUUUAUCAUUUAUAGUUAUUUUCUUUAUACCUGAAACGAAGUCUCGAAGAGCACUGAAGAGUUUUUAGUUUCUAUUCUAUUUCAUCAUAAUUUUUGUACAAAAAAAUUAGUGGUACCACGGGUUCCGGAAGUUCUGGAGGUUCCACAGUCUGCUGAUCCAUUGUUUUGUAACACCAGAAUUAAAAUUCAUAUUACUUGCUUUUUAUUAGCAAUUCAACUGAAAAUGGUUGUAAAAGUCACAGUUUUUUGCUUUUAAUCAGCAGUAACCAAAUGUUAAAGAAAUGUGGAAAUAUUCUCAAUUGUAUGUAAAGUUCAGAAAGAUAGCUCCGUCACCCCAAAGUUUCCACUUACUUGCCAUGGUACUCUUGACUGGUUAUUUUGCAGAAAACUCAAGUCCACCUGACACAACAAAGGCACCCCAUCUUCUAUUUCCUGAGGUGGUUGAAAACCCAAAGAACCAAAGCGCUUUCAUUGGCUCCAAUGUAACUUUUAACUGUACUGUCAUCGGUCUUCCAACACCAGCCAUCUCAUGGAUGAAGAACAACGACUCAUAUGCGGUAACAUCCAAUGUGAGAGCCAGGGUUGUUCCAGAGAACAAAAAUAGUCACAGUUAGCUGAUAAUAACGGAAGUGAAGAUAGAAGAUAAUGGCAAAUAUCAGUGCAUUGCAAGAAACAGUGAUGGUGAGAGGACAUCGUCAGCGGCUUUCUUGUACAUAAAAGAGUUAGGUAAGGUAGGUAAGGAGUUAGGCAAGACUCCUUACAUUGUGGUCAAAUCUUAGCUUUAUUCAGUUGACUCUGGCCAAUAAAAAUUGCAAAAGAAAUGUUUCACUUCUCACUCCUUCUCUCUGUUUAGUCCAACCCAAAGGUAAAAUUUAUUCUGCUUCAGGGGUCCUAAUAAGUUGGUGACGCGCUACCCUGCAUAGGAGGAUGUUGAGGCACUGAGCGCGAGUGAUUUAAUGACAACGAGCGCGGGCGAGAACUUACGGGUGUCGGCCCUCACGUGCACGUGUAACUUGCCUUCUCUUUAACAGCGUACUAAGCAUGCUGGAUGUAUAGUAGUAGUUCAUACUCAUAGUGAUACCACUGAAGAAAUAGAAACUGGAUGAUCUUUGCACGAAGUUGUCAGAAAGUACUGGCUAGUCUUUCGGUUUAAUUAACCCUCUGAAGUAUUUUCACCCCAAUAAGAAUAUUUUGUUGUCACUUCCCUUUUAGAAGUUUUCAAAACGAGCCAAGAGUCAGAAGAGGAAAUAUGGUCAACCUCCCCCCAGAUUAGUUUCUCUACUUUAUCUUAUGCUAUAAUUGCUACCUUCGUCGGUGUCUUCAUCGGUGGAAUAUGUGUAGGGUUUUGGCUCAGAACUACCAGACGCCGUGGAGAGGUAUGUUUUAAUGUAUAAAUAUCUCUUUAAUUUCUCCAAAUCAAGAGACCAUCUUUUUUGACAAAUCGUUGUACACCCUACCUUCUUACUAUGCCUUCUCCCUUCCCCCCUCCCCCCCUCCCCCCCUUCACCGUGCCACCCUUGUUGUUAACUAAAAUGCAGAAUCACUGGAUCUUUUGUAGGGACCAACAAACACAAUUUGUUAAGAUUAAGAAUAGAAAUUGCGUUCCCAAAGCUUUCUCUCUCGGCACCCUUUUAUCGGAACGACAGGUGCUGACCGCUGAAAAAGGGAAUGUGAACUCGGGGAAUCAUGUAAUCCCCUGCUUAUGGUCAAGCCCUACACUCCUUCUGAACAGUGAUUGCUCUAACGAAGCUCUCGAUCAUCCUUGGAGUUCAAAUGAUGUUCUUCACUUUAGGAAGUUAAGUUUCGUCCAAAUCAUCCUCCUUCUUUAAGGGAAGCGCGGAGUCCACUCAGUGAUUCUAAGAGUUUUUUUUUUCGACAAGGUUUUAAAAUAUGCAAAAGCAGCCUAUGAUUGAGCUAACACUAUAUAAUAGAUUCUCACUUUUAUGAGAGAGGUCCUUCUACCUACAUUCUCAAUAUUGAGUAAGUCUUUCUUUCUGUACUCUCAAUAAUGAAUACUCUAUGCUUUUCCAUUUGUUGGCAGAUCACUUUCCAUCCUGAAAACGACUGUGAGGAGGGAAUGAACGAAUUUAAACAGAUCAAGUAGCUUCAAGUUUCUCUCUCGUCUUGGAAUCGUAUGCAGAAUCCUAGUGCUAAUCUGUUUGCGUUAGUUUGCUGUACGUGCACAUGAAUACACUAAUACCCAGGUCUUCCUAGUUCCCGUAGGAGUCGUAGCGUAUCACAAAAGUGCCGAGACCGUUUUCUUUUGAUCGAAAAAGACGAUCAAUUCUUGAUUUAAAAAGACCUACUGCUUGCAUUUGUCUUACUGUAAAUCAUCGAUUUUUCUGUGGUUCGGAGCGAAAAUUUACUGCAAUUUAAACUCUGCCCAUAAUUUGACGAAAUCAUGGAUCCUUCGUAGUGUUUUGAGAUUUGCCUCUUUUCAUGAUCAUACUCGAUAGACGAGGUUAAUUUAUUCAUCUGCUGGUUAGAAAGAAACAAUCCAGAACAUAAGGAUAACCAAGAGUUAGCGAUGUUAGUGAUACACAGGACAUUAGAGAAAAAGAUGCUAUCAGAUAAUUGAUAAUUAAAUUUCUAGUGUUAGAAAUAGUCAUAUUUAAAAUAAUAGAAUAUUUUUAGCAAAAUAUAAAUAUUGUAAAAUUAAAAUUGAUCACUACAAGUAGAAUCAAUUAAAAUUGAUCCCUUGUUAAUUUUUGGAAGUAAAGUAAUUAGCCUGAAUACAAGUGAACCAUAAGCAACUAAGCUGCAAUCAAAUGUGGUGUUUGUGGAUCUUCCUUUCCUUGUAUCAAUUGUUUAAUUACAAGUUCGUCUUACCUUGAUAGCGUUGAUCAGGGAUCGUGCUCCCUGUAAUGCCAGCCAGUGCCUUCAGUCUACCGUUUUUCGCACCAAACGAAAAAACAUAAGAUAACUUCUAAUUACGGUAGCGCAGCUAAUGAUUUUAUCAGCAUCAUCGACUACUGUCAACUACUGCCUCAUAUAAAGCUUACAUGAAACUCUCAAAGCGAUGAUGUGGAAAAAAUACCCAAGUUAGCAACCAACCAACUCCAUUUGUAGGGUGGAUUUGAAUUAGCACACGGUCGUUCAACAUUCAGUGUUGUUGAGGGGCCUUCUGACGCGAGAUAAUAUCAGCACACGAAAAAAAUAACCUCCUCUAUUUGCUUAUCUUCCCAUCCUUUUUCUAUCUUUUUUCCCCUUUUCUUUCUUGUCCCUCCUUCUCAGGACUUCUCGCGUUUUCUUUUUAAAGAGAGAGAGCAAGCAAAACCAGAGUAACUCUGGGUACCAUUUACCAAUCAUUUUAUUACCUAAGUAUGUAAAAGCUGUCAGAAAGAGCUUGAAAAAGGAAUUAGAGCACCAUACCAUAUUUGGUCAAAUUUAAGAUGGCGGCUGAUUCAGACAGCCAAAAAAGGAAGCGGCUGGAAAGAGCACACUAUAAAAACACAGAGCUGCCACAGGAAGAUGAGCCACUAACUCUACCGAAACACUACAUUGGGGAACAGCUUGCAGGAGAGUUUGGACGAGUUGAUACAGGUAAAUUAUUGUUACUUGGUCGGCUACAACAAGAAAAUGCUUUCAAGGAUAGUUUUUCAGAAGUGCUGGUUGAGAAGUCAUGUUUCGCCAAAGUAUUUAACUUGAUUUUCCAAUUCACUCGAUUUGAGUUUAGAGACCGGUUUAGUUUCAGGGAAAUGUCAAUGAAGGGGUUAUUUGAAUAUCGUCACCGAAUCGUUAAAAGAAUUUUAUACACUUUCUCUGGUAUUACGUUUCACUUGUAACCUAUUUAGAAACUUCGAGAAGUUUACUCCUUAUUAAAUUUGUUUCGGGCUAUUUACAAGGGUAAAGGACAAUUUAGAGGAUAACGUUAUAGGUUUUUUAAAAAUAUCUUAUAUUCCAAAGUUCUUACUUUGACUCUGCCAGCUAAAAUAAAUAUGACGGUGACCGAAUGUUCAGCUGCUAAACGCAUCCACAUUUUGAACAGUUUCAACAUUUUCGUCUUCUUUCACCCGCAGAAAUGUUAUCGGUCUUAUUAUGAAAUUUGAAAUAGAAAAGAAAAAACUAAAAUUUGUCAAUUUGUGUUUUUAUGCUUUGGUUUACCGUAUACCACCAGCUCAAACAAAGUUUGCGGUGGAUAAAAGAACUAACAAGGUGUUUUCUUUAAUAAUACGAGUAGUAAUGACAUUUUAUCUUCACUCGGCCGAACCACGUUAUCGAUAGAUUAUGAUUUCAAAGAAUUUUUAAUUCCAUCAUUAUCCCUAGAGGGAGCCGUUAAAAUCGUCUUAGCCUGUCAGGGAAUGCAUACGAUUCAGCUAAUUUUGACCAUUGGCAACAUUUAGGACCGGUUUUAAUUCAAAGAAAGGACAUCCGACCUAAAAAGACACCAAAAAAAAUAGGGAGCGAUUGGCGGCCAUCAAGGACGAAGUCGCUACAAGUCAUAGCCAUUCGGGCUGCUAAGUUGCGAGGUGGUAAACCUGACGAACACGGUUGAAAGUAAGCCAGUCUUCAACUGACAAGUGAGCACCUAACAAUGAACCAUUGGAAAAUUACAUUGGCCGUUUUCCUAGGUUUACUGAUUUCGAUCUGUUUUAAUAUUUCAAGCCUUGCUACCGAUCUCGACAGUAAGCAGAAGCGUAGCAAAGUUCGUUUUAAAAGACAUCUGCCUUAACUUAAUAUCCUGGCAUUUCUCCGAAAUGGAUCAUUUCCAUACGUAUGCCUUUCAUGAGAACAUCCUCUCUUGACUUCUUUGUGAAUUCCGAUGCCUUCAACGUCCAUCAUUACGUCAACAACCUUACUAUAAGACAGAGAACUCCAUAUUUACCAAACAGAGCUCUAACUACACUGUACAGGGAAAUUUCGCUUCCGUCCGUACGAACUCGCGGGCAGAUUGAUGCACUUACAUUCUUCAAAUGCAUCAGACUUACGUCCCAGCUUACUUAUGAAAGCAUUGUUAAUUUCGAGCUAGAAAUGUGGAUAAUUUUUUUGUCGGGCUCCAGUUCACUAAUUACGCUAAAUCUAGCACUAACGAUAUAUAAAGAUGGACGUUUUCUACUUAUCCCAAAUGAUUGGCGGCGUUUAACAUUUUUUUUAUAUCAAAACACACAAUAGCUGUAUUUCAAAACGAUGUGACUAAAUGCCUGGUUGUCAGAAAUUUUCACAGAAUUUCCGCCGUUAAGGUUCUUCCAAAAGUUCUUGAAAAUAUCAGAUGUUGGUUUAGAAAUGUCAAGCGAUUCCAAAUAUUGAUUUGGCUUUUUGGUGGACAGUUCUCUCUUUCUUCUUUGGGCAUACUUUAAUAUCGCUCGGUUGUUAACACUCAAAGGUUCUUUCAAACUUCCUAAGAAUAUCAGAUGUUUGUUUAGAUAUGUCAAGCAAUUCCAAAAAUUAAUGUGGCUUUUCAGUAGUCUAACCAAAUAGACCAAAUAUUUUCCCAUCCGCCUCGCCUAAACUCAGCCAAUUUUAUCACAUAUAUUGCACUUUUGGUUUUUUUAUCAUGUCUUCUUGCACAUUUAAUCUUGCAAGAACCAACACAAGCUGGUGCGACUUCUACCAGCUCUGCUCGCACCAUUGCAUACGGCCCUUGUACCAAGAUAUUUGUUAUAAAGGUAAUCUUCUAAAAUAAAAGUACGUGCAGGGCCGCACAUCAAGAAGAAACCCAGUAUGAAAACUGGAGUUACAAGUUCUUUCCUUUUUUCCUUUCUUUUGAACUAGAAACAAAAACUAUUCGACAGCAUAUCAUGAUGGUUAACACAUUCUGGAGAGGAGACACAACAAAGGUUAUCCUGCUACAAUUUCUUGUUGCCAAUUCUCUACUGCAGUCAGUCACGGGCGAUGCCGCAGCAUGUAACACCAAAUCUGGUAAGUAUUACUAUUACCCAGGUCUUUUUCAUUUGUGAAUAUAAUCAUCAGUGACAGUUUUAUUUUUUUAAUUGUCGACUCUUCAUCCAAGAAGGGAAUUUUUCGCACUGAAUUCUAUGUUCCGCCAACUUGCUAAUGAUAAGCCAGGUUUUUACAAAUUUGUGGCUCAUAAACUUCUUUCCUUGUCCAGCUAUACCUGAAGUUAAAAUCUUCUCAAGUCCGCCAGACCGCACGCAACCUAUCGGAGCAGCCAUUAAUCUGACCUGUGAAGCGCUACCAAGGGAUAAAGACGUGCUUUUUCCCAGGAGAAGGGUCAAGUAUAUUCAGUGGUAUGAUCCCCAUGGGAGACCAGUUGGAGUCAAAUGCCAAAACUCAAGACUAGCAAAGAAACUGAAAUGUCUGUUAAUUCUUAAGAAUCUGAUCGUAGAAAACUUCGGGAACUACACUUGUGAAGCAGAAAAUGACUAUCCUGGAUACUGCAGAAGAAAAUCCAUUGAAAUUCUCCCUAAAGGUAAGACUCAGAUUAUUCCUAACACAAAUAAAUUUGGGCAGGGUAAAUAUUAAUUAUCGUAGUUAUUUCUUUUUGCUAUCUCCAUCAAAGGCUGUUGCAAUAAAAUAGCAAAGGUGGGUACGGAAAUCAGCAAUACUGUAGGUGAAAAACAGGAUAUUUUUGUAAAUUCCAUUUAUUCAAGCUUUUCAAGAUUAUUCCCUUCCCCUACCCCCCUCACCCCAAAGUUUCCACUUACUUGCCAUAGUGCUAUUGAUUGGUUAUUUUGCAGAAAACUUAAGUCCACCUGAGACAACAAAGGCACCCCAUCUUCUAUUUCCUGAGGUGGUUGAAAACCCAAAGAACCAAAGCGCUCUCAUUGGCUCCAAUGUAACUUUUAACUGUACUGCCAUGGGUCUUCCAACACCAGCCAUCUCAUGGAUGAAGAACAACAAUUCAUAUGCAGUAACAUCCAAUAUGAGAGCCAGGGUUGUUUCAGAUAACAAAAAUAAUCACAGUCAGCUGAUAAUAACGGAAGUGAAGAUAGAAGAUGGUGGCAAAUAUCAGUGCGUUGCAAGCAAUAGUGCUGGUGAGAGGACAUCGUCAGCGGCUUUCUUGUACAUAAAAGAGUUAGGUAAGACUCCCUUACAUUGUUGGAAAUUUUAGCCUUAUUCAGUUGACUUUGGCCAAUAAACAUUGCAAAGAAAUGUUUUACUUCUCACUCCUUCUCUCUGUUUAGUCCAACCCAAGGCUAAAAUUUAUUCUGCUUCAGGGGCCCUAAUAAGUUGGUGACGCACUACCCUGCAUAUGAGGAUGUUGAGGCACUGAGCGCGAGUGAUUUAAUGACAACGAGCGCGGGCGAGAACUUACGGGUGUCGGCCCUCGCGUGCACGUGUAACUUGCCUUCUCUUUAACAGCGUACUAAGUAGGCUGGAUGUAUGGUAGUAGUUCAUACUCAUAGUGAGCCUACUGAAGAAACUGAAACUGGAUGAUCUUUGCACAAAAAUUGUCAGAAAGUACUGGUUAGUCUUUCGGAUUAAUUAAUCCUCUGAAAUACUUUCACCACAGUUAGCAUGUCUUGUUGUCACUUCCCUUUUAGAAUCCAAAAUAAACCAAGAGUCAGAAAAGGAAAAAUGCUCAACCUCCCCCCAGAUUAGUUUCUCCACUUUAUCUUACGCUAUAAUUACUACCUUUGUCGGUGCCUUCAUCGGUGGAAUAUGUGUGGGGUUUUGGUUCAGAACUAUCAGACGCCGUGGAAAGGUAAGUUUUAAUGUAUAAAUAUCUCUUUAAUUUCUCCAAAUCAAGAGGCCAUCUUUUUUGACAAAUCGUUGUACACCCUACCUUCCCACUAUGCCUUCCCCCCUCCCCCUCCCCCCCCCCUUCACCGUGCCACCCUUAUUGUCAAAUAGAAUGUAGAAUCACUGUAUCUUUUGUAGGAACCAACAAACGCAAUUCGUUAAGAUUAGGAAUAGAAAUUACGUUCCCAAAACUUUCUCUCUCGGCACCCUUUUAUCGGAACGACAGAUGCUGACCGCUGAAAAAGGGAACGUGAACUCGAGGAAUCAUGUAACCCCCUGGCUAUGGUCAAACCUUACACUCCUUCUGAACAGUGAUUGCUCUAACAAAACUCUCGACCAUCCUUCUACUCCUUCAAGAAAACCCUGAGAAACUCACAGAGGAGUUCGAACGAUGUUCUUUACUUUAGGAAGUUAAUUUUCGUCCAAAUCAUCCUCCUCCUGUAAGCGUUUUAAGGUUUUAAAACAUGCAAAAGCAGCCUAUGAUUGAGCUAAUACUACAUAAUAGAUUCUCACUUUUAUGAGAGAGGUCCCUCCGCCUACAUUCUCAAUAUUGAGUAAGUCUUUCUUUCUAUGCUCUCAAUAACGAAUACUCUACGCUUUUCCAUUUGUUGGCAGAUCACUUUCCAUUCUGCAGACGACUGUGAGGAGGGAAUGAACGAAUUUAAACAGACCAAGUAGCUUCAAGUUUCUCUCUCGUCUUGGAAUCGUAUGCAGAAUCCUAGUGCUAAUCUGUUUCCGUUAGUUUGCUGUACGUGCAUAUGAAUACACUAAUACCCAGGUCUUCCUAGUUCCCGUAGGAGUCGUAGCGUAUCACAAAAGUGCCGAGACCGUUUUCUUUUGAUCGAAAAAGACGAUCAAUUCUUGAUUGAAAAACACUUACUGCUUGCAUUUGCCUUACUGUAAAUCAUUGAUUUUUCCGUGGUUCCGAGAGAAAAUUUACUGCAAUUUAAACUCUGCCCAUAAUUUGACGAAAUCAUGGAUCCUUCGUAGUGUUUUGAGAUUUGCCUCUUUUCAUGAUCAUACCCGAUAGACGAGGUUAAUUUAUUCAUCUGCUGGUUAGAAAGAAACAAUCCAGAACAUAAGGAUAACCAAGAGUUAGCGAUGGUAGUGAUACACAGGACAUUAGAGAAAAAGAUGCUAUCAGAUAAUUGAUAAUUAAAUGUCUAGUGUUAGAAAUAGUAAUAUUUAAAAUAAUAGAAUAUUUUUAGCAAAAUAUAAAUAUUGUAAAGUAGUUACAAGUAGAAUCAAUUAAAAUUGAUCCCUUGUUAGUUUUUGGAAGUAGUGCUAGAGUACAAGUGAAC